AUGUCAGGCUCCUAUAGGCUCAUUUCCUGCUCUGGCAGUGUCUCACCCCGCACAGCCCCUGGUAUGCUCAGCACUGUGUCUCAAUACAAUAUUGAACCAGCCGCUGCAACUUUACUAUGCACCUUUAAUUCAUUUUUAAUUCUUUUGUGUAUCCGGUUAAAUUUUGUAGUCAGAAAUCUAUUUAUUUAUUGCAGAGUCUGGCCUGAGUGUUGAAAAAGUAUUAUUCAAUCAUGAACUUUCAAACCAGCCGAACCUACUGAAGUGUAAGAUCUCUGGAUACAAUGAGCCAGAUGAGCUGACUGUGACCUGGCUCAAACAGGAGCACGAGGAAACCAAAGCAGUUGCAUUAAAUCCCAGUGAUAUUUAUCAGAUACCAGAUCUGACACAUGAGAUGCAUGAAGAUAAAACGUCCAGCUGUACAGCAUGUCUAGAUAUCAAGCAAUCACUGAGCUCAGAGGAAGCAACAAAAUUCAUCUGCAGAGUGGAACAUCCCAGCCUGGGCCAACCAAUAGAGAGGGACUGGGACAUUACAUUGAAGGGUGAGUCCAUUAGUACUCAGACUGUGCACUAUGUAUUUUGUGUAUUUCAGCUGUGUGCAGAAAAGCUUUAA